ACAGAUACAAGUAGUUACGUUUAGUGCACGAUUAGUUUUUAAGGUCGUAAACACGUAAAUUAGCAGAUCUAGGAAGUCUGGAUCUAUAAGGCUUGUUUAAGGAGCAUGCGCAGUAGCGAGAACGGUUAUGAAACAGUCUGAUUUUGUCCCGGUUAAGUUGAACGUAGGAAUUGUCAAUAAUCCGAGAAACGAGCAGAACUGAGGGCAUGAAAAUCCCACUGACAUGAUUUCAGCACCAGGACUCACAUAAAUACAAAUUCUGCUGCAUCUAAACAUAAGAAGACCCCUCUGCAGUGUGUGAUCAUGACUGUGAACUCCAUCCACUGGUUCCGGAAGGGUCUGCGGCUGCACGAUAACCCCGCCCUGCUGGAGGCGGUUCGAGGGGCGAACACACUGCGCUGCGUCUACUUUCUGGACCCUUGGUUCGCUGGGUCAUCUAACCUGGGCGUGAACAGGUGGAGGUUUCUGCUGCAGAGUUUGGAGGAUUUAGAUGCCAGUCUCCGUAAACUUAACUCUCGUCUGUUCGUUAUCCGCGGCCAGCCUGCUAACAUCUUCCCACGACUGUUUAAGGAGUGGAAGAUUAAUCGGCUGACGUUUGAGUGUGACUCUGAGCCGUUCGGGAAGGAGCGCGAUGCUGCGAUUAAGAAGCUGGCGUCUGAGGCGGGCGUGGAGGUCACCGCCAAAAUCUCACACACACUCUACGACCUGGACAAGAUUAUUGAGCUGAACGGGGGUCAGCCUCCUUUAACCUAUAAGCGUUUUCAGACGCUGGUCAGCGGUAUGGAUCCUCCAGAUGCUCCACUGGAGCCGCUGACUCUCGAGCUGUUGGGCAGCUGCACCACGCCGGUCUCCGCUAAUCACCAGGACAAAUAUGGAGUUCCGGCACUGGAGGAACUGGGCUUUGAUAUUGAGGGUCUGGCUCCAGCUGUCUGGCCUGGAGGAGAAUCUGAAGCGUUGGCGAGGAUAGCAAGACACCUCGGUCCUGACCUGUCUACAGCGUGGCAGGAGAAUUUCGAGAGGCCGAAGUUGAGCUCCAGCCCCCUGCUGGCGAGUCCGCUGGGUCUCAGCCCGUACCUGCGCUUCGGCUGCCUGUCCUGCAGACUGUUCUACUCCAAACUCACCGAGCUCUACAAACGGGUGAAGCAGAACAGCACUCCCUCCAUCUCUCUGUAUGAUAAGCUGCUGUGGAGGGAGUUUUUCUACACCGCCGCCACCAACAACCCGCGCUUCGACCGGAUUGAGGGGAACCCGAUCUGCCUGCGGAUCCCGUGGGAGCGGAACCCCGAGGCUCUGGCUAAAUGGGCUGAAGCUCGAACCGGGUUCCCCUGGAUUGACGCCAUCAUGACCCAGCUGAGACAGGAGGGCUGGAUCCACCACCUCUCCCGACACGCUGUGGCCUGCUUCCUCACCCGCGGAGACCUGUGGAUCAGCUGGGAGGAGGGCAUGAAGGUGUUUGAGGAGCUCCUGCUGGAUGCUGAUUGGAGUGUGAAUGCCGGCAGUUGGAUGUGUCACUCCUGCAGUUCGUUUUUCCAGCAGUUCUUCCACUGUUACUGUCCUGUCGGCUUCGGUCGCCGCAUCGACCCCAAUGGAGACUUCAUUAGACGCUAUUUACCUGUCCUUAAAGAAUUCCCAGCCAAAUACAUCUACGACCCCUGGAACGCUCCGGAGGACGUGCAGGCGGCCGCCAAGUGUGUGAUCGGAGUGGACUACCCGAAGCCCAUGGUGAACCACGCCGAGGCCAGCCGACUGAACAUCGAGCGCAUGAGACAGAUCUACCAGCAGCUCUCCCGCUACAGAGGCCUGAGCCUUCUUGCUACUGUGCCGUCCAACCAUGUGGAGGAUCUGAAUAUGAAUGUGAUUAAUGGAACAGCACCCUCUCCUGGCAAGCGCAGUAGAAACAGCGUGCUGGCCUACAGGGGCAGGAAAGAGCGCAGGGCUAAUGCAGACGAACAGCCCGGACCAAGCGGAGCCAAACAUCGCUCCGUCAUCCACACACUGGGCCACCGUACUGUCCCCCGAGCCUCCCCGUCCCAAGCGCACAGGUUCGCUGUUCCUCAGCAUCCAGGUGGGCUGAUUCGGCUGCCGGGGUCGGGGGCGGGAAAGAGGGAGCGGGAGGCGGAGCAUGAAGGUAACCAUGGAGACAAAGGCCACGCCUCCUUUGCUCUGAAGGUCCAGCGCCAAAGCACAGAGGAGGGUUGUAAUGAUGGAUCGGAAGCAGGUCAGGCUUUCACCUCCUGAGCCCCGCCCACCCUGAUAAUUCUGUACAGUAUUACUGUAAUAUACGUGUGUUAAAACACGCCCCUUCUUUAUUUUGUACUAAAUGUAAAACUACAAUCUAAAUUCUGCUGAAAUUUGCUACAUGCGCGAUGGUUGUAGUGUUUUUGGCUAUGAAAUCUGAGGUAUUGCUAAAUCUGCUUAGCAUUUUGGAGAUAUUUUAAUAACCUGUAUGAAAUCUGUAUGUGAUUUUAUCGCAUUUUAUACACUAUAAUUAUAUUUUUCAGAAACACCAAUUAUAUUUGGUGGAUUAAACACCAGCUCAGCUACAGUUCUGUAUAUAAAAUCUGUGUUAAAAAUGUGUUUACACCCUGAUCAGCAGAGAAAAAUGCCCUCAGAUAACGAAGCGAUAUUGAGUUUUUUAUCGGGAUAUUGAGGGAGAUCUUGUGUUAGCUGUUUAAAUCUGUUUCUAUUGUAACAGAGUAUCUAUUGGACGGUGUUUAUCUGAUCAGUGGUCCAGAGCUGGUCAAGUUUGGGUCCAAAAAUGCACAAUCCCAGUCUGCAGGCUCCGCCCACUUCUGUGUUCCACCUUAGCGACUGUUGCAAGGUUGGACAAGCUUUACAGACGCUGACAACAUUUCCAUUCAGUCCCACAACAGGAGACUGCAGCUAACAGUCUCAGCAGUGAUGUGAAGUGUGAACACAUCAGUGGGUAUAGUUUGCAUUAAUCAGUUCUAUAUAUAUACAGAUACAGCUCUGGAAAAAAAAUAAGAGAGCACUUACAAAAUAAUGAGUUUCUGUGAUUUUACCAAAUUGAAAACUUCUGGAAUCAAAUAUAAUCAAGAGGAAGAUGGAUGAUCACAAACCAUCAAACCACCAAACUGAACUGCUUGAAUUUUUGCACCAGGAGUAAAGCAGCAUAAAGUUAUCCAAAAGCAGUGUGUAAGACUGGUGGAGGAGAACAUGAUGCCAAGAUGCAUAAAAAAAACUGUGAUUAAAAAAACAAAAUAUUGAUUAUUUCUGAACUCUUAAAACUUUAUGAAUAUGAACUUGUUUUCUUUGCAUUAUUUGAGGUCUGAAAGCUCUGCAUCUUUUUUGUUAUUUCAGUCAUUUCUCAUUUUCUGUAAAUAAAUGCUCUAAAUGAGAAUAUUUUUAUUUGUAAUUUGGGAGAAAUGUUGUCUGUAGUUUAUAGAAUAAAACAACAAUGUUCAUUUUACUCAAACAUAAACCUAUAAAUAGCAAAAUCAGAGAAACUGAUUCAGGAACUGAAGUGUUCUCUUAUUUUUUUCCAGAGCUGUAUAUAUAUAUAAUUAUCUCAGAAGCAGGAUGAUUGUGGAAAAUGCUGUUUAUCACUGGUCCUCUAUCCUGUUCUUCGUUAUUUAUUUGGUUAAAGGAUAAUGUGGCUGUACAGAGUAUAUCUGCUCUCUGUGUUCACAUCAGCUUCUGUCUGCUGUCUGCAGCUUUCUCUCUCUUAGAAGAAGAAAUUCCAGUGUUGCUUAUUGUUGUGCUUUUGUCUUGCUCUAACACACCAAAUUCAACUAUUUAUUUAGCAAAAGUUAGAAAAAUAUGAUGACCAAGCAUCUUCAUGCUUUCUUUUCCAAAGUACUCAGGAAAGAUUGAGCUGCUGUUUUGUGUGUUAACUUAUUUGUUUUUUGCAGAGAAAUUGCAAAAUAUGAAGAAUUCUUUUUUUAUUUAGUCUGUUUUCAGCUAUGCUAGCUUGCUAGCGUAAUACCGUCUCUAUCAACAGACUUGCAGAAUACAAUAGAAAUUUAUACCAAACAAAUAUUAAACAAAGCAAUUUAUUUAUCCAAAUUAACAUUUUUUAAGAGAAAUAUAUGUGUAGAUUUAAAACAGUUCCUUUUUAAAUUCUACUUGGAUGCCAAUAUGGAUUAUAUUCUUUUCUAUAGUUGCUGUAGCAUCAGCUAAUCAGCUAGCUAUGCUAAAGUAGCUAAAGCAGCUCAUACAAUCCCUUCAUUUUUCUUAAACAUAUGAUUGAAAGUUGAUUUAUUUUACAGAAUAUCCUACAUAAAUAUAAACAAGAAUGAAUACUAAUCAUACUAAACAACGUGGGUACGUGUUGUGUGCUAAAACUAGCUUUUAACUAGUUUUUUUUACAGGUUAUUCACACCUGUAUGUGUGGAAUCAGGUGUGUUAGAGCAGCAAAACACUAUUUUAUUGAGAGCUCCAGAAGAAAAGAUUGUGGCUUAUCUUGGUUAUUAUAACCAGGUUAAACCAGGUUAUUUCGAGCAUAAAAUCUCCAUCACUUCAUUUUGUCUUCCGUUUAUCCACUGUAAAAAAACUCCAGCCUGCUGAGCCCAAAUCUGUGUAAAUAAAAUCCCUCCAUCAGCUUUUCUUAUUCUACACCGCUUAGCUUUUCUACCUGGUGAUCUGUUCAUCUCUCCACGCUGUAAAUCCGCCUUUUAUCGCUUUCGUCUUUUUCUACUGAAUUUCCUAGCUUUCUCUGUCGACUUUUACAUUUAUAAAUAGAGGAUUUAGGACUGUGAUGUCUCGUACCAGCACCUGUCCUGCAGCUUUAAUCUGUGGAUGUUGUUCCGAAUUACGCAGAAAAUAAAGUGAAAAGAAAAACUAAA